UAGCUCAUUUAAUUAGUUUGCUUAGUUGUUAAUAUCAGUUUACAUAAUAUGGACUCCUCUUUCUAUGCUUACCCAAUCAUUUUACAAGUUUAUCUUCAACGCACAUGUCUACAUUCGGUUCCGUGAUUAAAUAAUCAGUCGAAAUAUCAGUGGGUUGUGGCGGUUACUUAAUAAUUUCAGCACCACUGCAGAUAGACAGCGGCGCUUGUAAAAGACAGACUGCUGUUCUUCCUUUUUGGUUCCUAUACUGGGAAAAGAAGCUGAUACUCGUAGAUAGUUUGUUUAAUUUGGUUGAGCUACACUGAAGCAUCACUGGUUGAAUCAUUUUAAGUUAAAUAUGAAUCACCACUCUCAUAACCGCUAUCCCAUAAUAAUAAUUCAGUUUGUUACUUUAAGUGUAAAUGCACACAGAUGCUCUUCUUUCAGUGGUCUGUUAGAGCCGCUGUUGGAUAAGGGAAUGAAUCUUGCUGAGAAUAAGGUACCUCCCAUUUUACCAGGGCAUACUGACAUCGAUAGCAUAAUAAAAAAAACCUACUGUGGGCGUAAGGCGACUGCAUUGUUUUGGCAAGCUGAGUGACCUACGCGUUUUUUGUCGUUUAAAAUUGAGGAAAUGCUCUAUGAGCUCUGGUUGUGAACAUUGCUUUGGUCUUUUUUUUCGUUUGGAUAUGCAAAAUGGCCUCCGGGACUAUGUGGCGUUGUCUUAAGAGCAAAAGCUUUCGUCUUUUCUCACUUCUCAUGUUUUCAUAUGUCUGCAACGUGACUGGGCAAGUACGGUAUUCUGUUCCAGAGGAGACAAGCAAAGGUUUUGUCAUUGGUAACAUCGCAGAGGAUUUAGGGAUCGACUUAAAACGGUUACGGGGCGGUCGAGCUCGUAUCGUAGUGGGGGACAACAGUGGUUAUGUUGAGCUGAACACAGACAAAGGGACACUGGCGGUGAGUAAGAGGACAGACCGGGAGCUUCUGUGCAAACAUAUAUCUCCCUGCAGUUUCACCUUAGAGAUAAUAUUAGAGAAUCCAAUUGAGUUAUAUGAAGUAACUACAGAAAUAGUCGAUAUAAAUGACCAUUCACCAUCGUUUACCAAAGAGGAAAUUAAUAUUGAAAUUACAGAAAAUGCUCUCCAAGGAGCCCGCUUCAUCUUAGACAGCGCAUAUGACCCUGAUGUUGGAGUAAAUACUAUACAGACCUAUACAUUAAAACCAACGGAUAAUUUUGUACUGAAACAUGAUGUACACUCAGACGACAAUUCCAACAUUGAAAUGAUGUUGCAAGUUCCUCUAGAUCGGGAGAAGAAAGAGAAUUUCUCCCUACUUUUAACAGCAAUGGACGGUGGCAAUCCACCGAAGUCUGGAGUCAUGAAAAUAAACAUAGUAGUAUUAGAUAUUAAUGAUAACGCUCCGGUUUUUGCUAAGAAACGUUAUAAAGCUUCAGUGCCAGAAAAUGCAUCUAAAGGAACUUUUAUUGUAAAAGUAAGCGCUUCGGAUGCAGAUAAAGGUGUUAAUGGGGAAGUGAUGUACACUUUGCGAGAUGGAGCUGAAAGUGCGAGUGAGCUGUUCAAGAUUGACGAAAGGUCAGGCGAUAUAGUGUUAAGGGGAAAUAUAGACUUCGAAACUGCUAAAAAACACGAGUUGAAAAUCGAAGCCAGGGAUCAUGGUGGCCUUACGGACUCCUGCGUCGUAAUAAUUGAAGUAAGUGACGUGAACGAUAACUUCCCUGUCAUAUCGUUGACAUCAUUCACUAAUUCAGUUCCCGAAGACGCUCCUGUCGGCACAACAGUCGCUGUGAUUAAUAUAAAGGACUUAGAUUCUGGUGUAAAUGGUCAGGUGAGCUGUUCUAUCGGCAAAAACAUCCCAUUUGUCAUUAAAUCGUCACUGAGGAACUACUACACGUUAUUGACAGAUGAGAGUUUAGAUAGAGAAAUUCACACCGAAUUCAACGUUACAAUUACGGCAAAAGACGAGGGGUCACCGCCUCUUUCCACAACAAAAACGAUUAACUUACGAGUCUCUGAUGUCAAUGACAACGCGCCUAUGUUUGAACAGGCUACAUACACAGCCGCUGUAUUUGAAAAUAACUCACCCGGUGUGUCUUUAUUUUCUGUAAGAGCCACUGAUGCCGACUGCUGUCAGAAUUCGCGUGUCUCCUACCUGCUGGAGGAGACUCGAAUAAAUGGAGCACCGGCGUCAUCUUUAGUCUCCAUCAAUGCUGAGACUGGAGUCAUUUACGCAGCGCGUUCUUUCGAUUAUGAGCAGCUUCGGGAAUUUAAAAUCAGUGUCAGAGCUCAGGAUGGUGGCUCGCCCCCACUAACUGGAAAUGCCACCGUCCAGCUCGUAAUACAAGACCAGAAUGAUAACGCACCUCAGGUUCUUUACCCAGUACAAACAGGUGGUUCUGUGGUGGCUGAAAUGGUGCCUCGCUCAGUGGAUAUUGGAUAUCUGGUCACCAAAGUGGUGGCUGUUGAUGUGGACUCUGGACAGAAUGCCUGGCUGUCAUAUAAACUGCAGAAAGCCAUGGACAGGGCGCUGUUUGAAGUGGGCGCUCAGAAUGGGGAAAUCAGAACUGUGCGCCAGACUACUGACAAAGAUGCUGUGAAGCAAAAACUUACUGUUGUAGUGGAGGACAACGGACUGCCCUCUCGCUCUGCUAUAAUCAAUGUGAAUGUUGUGGUAGCGGACAGCUUUCCUGAAGUGCUUUCGGAAUUUACAGACUUUACGCGCGACAAGGAUAACAAUGAUGACCUUACUUUUUAUUUAAUUCUGGCCUUGGCUGUAGUAUCCUUCCUCUUCAUUUCAUGUGUAGUUGCUAUCAUUUCAGUAAAAAUCUACCGAUGGAGACAAUGUCGCCUCCUCUGUCAUUCCAAUCUGCCAGUCAUCCCAUACUAUCCACCGCAUUAUGGCGACACUACAGGCACUGGAACUCUACAGCGCGUGUACAAUUAUGAGGUGUGUAUGACGACAGAUUCUAGAAAAAGUGACCUGAAGUACAUCAGACCUGGUAGUCAAAGCAUCAUUAGCCUUGACACUGGAGGAACACUGACUCUACCACUUCCACCGAGAGAUAAAGCAACAUUUGGCACAGAUGAUAACCAGGUGAGCUCUUUAAGGAAUACAUAUAAAUAAGACCAUUGUGUGAAAAUGUUUUCUUGGCUGAAGUUAGAUGUUAGUCUGCUCUUUGCGCAGUUAAACAUUUAAUAGAACGAUGUUUGACCCAGAUGCUAAUUAAGUGAGUUUUCUUCAAAUGUAGGGGCGAGCAGGGCAUGUUGUCACACUUUUCAGUUUUUCUCACAGUGAUACGAUACACCAUAAUGGCGAAAAGUUGUACCAAAUGAAAGAUCUUGGGCACAAGAUCGUAUUCAUUGUAUUGUCAUGUAAUAUUUCAGUGCAAAAUUAUUUUGCAUUACUUUGAGUGUGUGCACUUUUGCCCAUAAGUGGAAAAAUUGUCACAUCGGAUUAUUAGGCUAAAUAGAACACAUAAUGAAUUGUGAACGUAGAUUUAUUUGUUUAUCCGAAACUGAACUCAACACCUGAAGCGAAUAUAAAAGUAACUAACCAUUUCUAAAA